AUGUUUGAUAAUAGUAGCAAUUAUAGUUUAUUUGCUGAAGAUGCUCUUUUGGUCUCACAAAUGGGUAUGAAAGAUGGUACAAAAAAACCACUUCUUUGUGAUGAUACAAUGCCUGAUGGUUCCAAGCAUAUAAUGACUUAUAUAGACAAUGCUAAUGUAAAAAGGCCUAAGGAAAUUAAACAGGUUCUUGAAGAAAGAGGUUUGUGGAUACCAGGCCUUAUCAAAAAGUGUGAUACAUGUAAAAAAAAUAAGCCUAAUCCAAACAACCCAAACUGUUGUGCUUUGUGUAUUCUUUCAGCUCAACCCGACUUUGCAGCUCAAAGAUCACACAUAUUAAAUAA